UGAUUGACUAUUAAUACUAGGAAUCUUGCGGAUGACUCGUCGCAUUCACUCGCCUGUCGACCUUUGAACUUUCUUUGCCUCCUUUUCAUUAUCCUUUUUUUUUUUUUUUUUUUUUCCCUCGACCACCAUGACUAUGUGCCAACAGAAAGGAACUGGCUUGCGAUACAUUCCGCUAUCCUAUAAUCAUGCCGAUUCUCACGCAUCCGCGUUACGGUUGAUCCUCACGCUCAACCCUGAUUGGGAGGGCCCGGAGAACAAGAUCGAAUUCGUGCGCUUCACGGACGGCAUCACCAAUACUCUUCUUAAAAUCAUCAAUCGCAAGCCCGGCUUGACCGAGGAGCAGAUAGACCACGAUGCAGUACUGAUGAGAGCGUACGGUAACCACACAGAGAUUCUUAUAGACCGCGAAAGAGAAACGAGCUCCCACGCUCUCCUCGCCAGCUAUGGCUUAGCCCCCCCUCUCCUGGCACGAUUUAAGAAUGGCCUCUUGUACCGGUUCCUUCGGGGCCGGCCGGCGACCCACGAGGACCUGGCGACGCCUCCGGUCUGGCGUGGUGUCGCCAGACGAUUGGCGCAGUGGCAUGCCGUGCUGCCCGUUAGUGGCACUCCUGCGACCUCGAGGAGCUCCGACGAUAAACCCCUGACGCGACCAGUAGACGUCGACUCGGAAGACCAUAAGCAGCAGUCCAAGCAAGAAAAUGACUUGUCCGUGGUGAAGACCAAGCAACCCGGACCGAACAUUUGGACUGUCACUCAGAAAUGGAUCCUUGCCCUUCCCACGGCAACGGAGGAGCAGCGUCAGCGGAGACUAAGUCUCCAGAAGGAGCUUGAACGGGUCGUGCGUGAGCUCGACGAUGGAAAGGGACUCGGUGAAGGCGGCCUGGUCUUCUCUCACUGCGAUCUCCUCUGUGCCAACGUCAUUGUCCUUCCUUCGGAAAAGAAGCAGAAUGGGCACGCUGCCACAGCUGUUGACGACCAAGAACCCGCGACAGUCAACUUCAUUGACUACGAAUAUGCUACUCCCUCCCCCGCUGCCUUCGACAUUGCCAACCACUUUGCUGAAUGGGCUGGCUACGACUGCGACUACAACAUGAUGCCGACGCGCUCCGUCCGACGCCAGUUCCUGACGGAGUACGUCAAGAGCUACAGCUACCACAAGGGAAUCCUGGAACCGUCGCAGCCGGAGAUCGUAGACCGACUAUACGACGACGUCGAUCGAUUCCGUGGAAUUCCCGGUCUAUACUGGGGAAUCUGGUCGCUCAUCCAAGCGCAAAUCUCCCAGAUCGACUUCGACUACGCGUCCUACGCCGAGCUCCGCCUCGGAGAAUACUACGCCUGGCGUCGCGAAACGGACGGAUCCCGAGCCCAGGCUAAGGAAGAGAUGCCUCUCCGUGAACGUCGCUGGGCUCAAGAAGCUUAGUCCGGAAGGUCGAUCACGACCACACACAACUUUCUUCGAAUCCCGCAUACACUUUUCUGCAACCAUUAAUGCAUCUCUAAUGCAUCUUCCUGGGGCAUCUCAUAAACAAAUCCCCAGUUGAUAAUAGCUUCUACCCCUUCAUUGUAC